GUGUGUGUCUGGCGUGUGUGUGUGUAGCGUAUGUGUGUGUGUGUCUGGCGUGUGUGUGUGUAGCGUAUGUGUCGAUGAUGCCUCAGACCCAUCCUCACACACACAAACACUCCCAACCACAGUAUGGAUACGCGAUGAUGGUGGGCAUGGUGAUGGGGCUGACGAUGGUCUCUUCUGCUGCGCAAUGGAGACCGGAGUAAAGGUUUUCAAUGUGGACCCACUGGCACAGAAGGCACAUAUCGACCAGGAGCAGGUGGGCAGCGUGGGGCUCGCCGAGGUGCUGCGGCGCUCAAACCUCAUCGCAAUCGUCGGGGGCGGCAGCCUGCCACGCUUCGCCGAAAACUCCGUGCUGAUCUGGGACGACGCGCGUGGCGGGACCCCCGAGCAGGACAAACUCGUGCUGGACUUCACCUUCACGCAGCCCGUGCUGGCUGUGCGCAUGCGCCACGACGCAAUAUCGGUUGUGCUCCGGAGAAAGAUCCACGUUUUCUCCUUCCCAGACAAUCCCCGGGAAACCUCACAAUUUGACACAAGGGACAAUCCACUGGGCCUGUGCGAGCUGUCUACGUCACUCGAGCGGAGUCUGCUCGUGUUCCCCGGGCUCAAGAGUGGCUUCCUGCAGAUGGUGGAUAUUUCUGCUCUGAAGGGAGCCCCAAAGCGACCUGGCCUGGGGCCCAACGAGAGCGGUGUGACGGUGAAAGCCCACGAGAGUGGGCUGGCGUGCAUCGCGCUCGACUCCACGGCCAGCAGGGUGGCCACCGCCUCUCACAAGGGAACGCUGAUCCGUAUCUACGACACGACAAACGGCGACAGAACCAUGGAGCUCAGGAGAGGCGCCGACUCGGCUCAACUCUACUGCAUCAACUUCAGCCAGGAUGCGUCCUUCCUGUGCGCGUCCAGCGACAAGGGCACGGUGCACAUCUUCGCGCUGAAACAGACCAAACUGAACCGUCGCUCCGCGCUAGCCCGCGUGGGCCGCAAGGUUAGCCCGGCGCUGGGAGAGUACGCCGAGUCACAGUGGAGCCUCGCGAGCUUCACCGUGCCUGCCGAGACGGCGUGCGCCUGCGCUUUCGGCAAGGGCAACUCCAUCAUCGCUGUGUGCCUGGACGGGACAUUUCACAAAUACGUCUUCACGCUCGAGGGCAGCUGCAAGAGGGAAGCCUUUGAUGUCUACCUGGACCUGGAGAAUGAUGAUUUCUAACUUACCGCUCCCCUGCCUACCCGCCCGCCCGCCCGCCCAUCCUCCGCCUGGCUUCCCUGAACUGAGCCUUGGAAACACCUUCACAGGCUGAACUUGCUGAGUAGAAACGAUGAUGGAAUUCAAGCACUGCGCACGGCGAAAUUAAUUUUUCUAAGAAACCUGAGCAAGCGGUUUGGAAACGCGGAAGCCUUUCGUUAGGCGACUGCGUGCUGCUUAUGUUGCCGGCAUGCCCGGGGUGGGGUUUGGGUGUGCAUGGACGGGUAGAACCUCGUUUGGAGCCUCCAAGUAAAAUUGCUGCAAGGAAUGACGGACUGCAGUGAGAUGCCGACGAGGCUGUGACUUAAUUUACAAGAGUGGGGCAACUGUUUGCCAGUUCUCACGGCCCGAAUUUGAUAGUUGUCUGCAUUUUUCAGCGUCUUGACAUUGCGAGUGGCAUUUAGAUGUUCUGCAAGUCUAAAUUUGGAAUGUAAUUGAAUUGUUAAAUAUAAACACAUGCUUUGUAGGUGAAUUUGUAAAAUAAGUGGACUCUCCUGUGGUUGAUUAAAUUACAUAAAUAAAAUACUGUAACCACCGCUUAAUUCCAGCCGCAACAGUUACAUGGCACAUCCACCCUAUGCAGAAGUUACGUGAAUAUAGGGUACAAUUGUCUACGUUUAUAAUAGUUAGGCAUAUGCUGCUCUCGUGGUAGUGCUGUUAUGCCGAUAAUCCCUUUAAGCCGGCCUAGCAGCGUUCCAGAAAGCAGUGAGAACGCGAGCCCCGAUUAUAACGUUUGGCCUGGGUGGGGGUGCCUCGCGGCAAAGAAUGGGACAAUUUUAUUCAACUCGGACAAACGUUGGCUUAAAAUUUUUUAAUCACGAGUCGUAGGAAAUUAGAAGCACUCAAUUAUGCAUUAUUUCAAGAUGGAUCGUAUCCAGCAGUUGGGACAUUGAUUUCUUCUGAAAUAUGUAGAUGUAUUUUAUAAAAACAAAAAAAACCGUGAUACUGUUACAAUGCCAAGGAGAUGGUUGUUCUGGUCAGUCUGCUGAUCUAUUCGGGGUGAGUCAGGGCUGGUGUGUUUUGUGGAUGUUCGUAGCGAUGGGUGUUCUCGUCACCAUGGGUAAAUACAAACUACUGGAGUUAUGUAAUGUAGAUACGAAUUAGCGACUACUUUUGAGGUGUAAUUUAGAUAUAGGUUACGAACGUUACGCAAAUGCAUAUUUAAUGGAGUGGUAACGCGACCGAGUGGUAGCAUGUUUGUAACUGGUCGAUGUUUGAGCCUGGCGGCCACGCUGAUGAAACACUGCGAGUGCGCGAGCCAAAAAUACGAGGUGCUGUCCCCCUUUGCUUCCAAGUGGACGUUAAAUAGCCUGCGACGUCAUUUGAAAAAAAAAUUUGGCCAUGUGUGGCUGGUGUCACUGUCCGAAUACGAAACGUUACUCAAUUUAUUGAAUGGGAACAGCCAAUAGCAACAUCGCCUACCUCCCCUUUUAGGUUGGUGCUGUUCACAUUGUGCUGCACAGGGGGCUUGGCUGCCCAUGACACCUCGCUUACAACAAUGGCCUUGCAGGAAAGGGAUCGUCAAGAGGGGCAUUGCCGGUUACAGCCCAAUAAUUGACCGCAAUUAAUGCCUCCGCAGUGUCUUGCAAUAAUAAAAAAACUGGCCAGCAGACUCGCUUUCCACAAUGCGAUAGCAUGACAUUGUGCACUAUCGUUGAUAUUUUCUUUGUAUAUAUUUGCAUUAGAUUUAAAAACUGAUUCCUUAUUCCUCGGGUGUAUUUAAGUUGUAGAUUCGCUAAAAUUAUAUUUUGGUGUAAAUCACAUGCCGACAAACAAGGUUUGCCAUUCACCACCAAGUUGUGGUGACCUUGCCACAGAAUGCUUGUGCCAGACGAGUUUGCACUUUGAGCCAUGUUCAGUGGCAAAGGCUCUGCUUGCAGGAAACGACACACAAAUGUUAACACAGCACUCGAGGUGUAACAAUACAUGAAUAAAAUAUUGAUUCUUACACUCACGAUAAAUGCAUCGAACUGCACGUUUUAGAAUGUUUCUCUCCCCCCCCCCCCAUUUUUACAUUGUACAUAAUACAUUAGGGCGAUGAAAAUGGAUUUUUGAAAUCGAAUCGUUACCCUGAAUCUCAACAAGUCAUUGGGUGCGGGAAAUCAUUCUACCACAAACCCAGCUUCCACCAGCUAAGCUUCUGAGAUGCAAUGAGAUUAGGCUGAUUAAAGGUGAAUUUAUCUCUGAUAAAUAUCUCCCCAGAGAUUAAUUUGAAUUAUGGCAGGGGUAGCACCACAGUGGUGAGAUGUUAACUACCUCACUUGGUAUAGAGGUUGUGGGUUUGAUCCCAACCCUGAUGCCUGUAUAUUUGGAGUUUGCAUGUUCUCCCAGUGCUCGCGUGGAUUUUUCUCUGGGUUUUCCCUCAUUUAGAAUCAACGUGCGUUUAGAGUAACUGGCUGCUUUAAAUUUACACAAGCCACUUUGAGCUAUCAUUCGUCACCAGGUCACUUAUGGAAAAAUAGCUGUGGGCCUUACCUAGUAAAAAAGUUUGGUUUUAAAUAGUUCAUAAUCUUUACACCUCUUAAUACACACCGCACAUGCAUAUUCAUAUAUACAGCAUGGUUGCCAUGAGCUGUGUAAUUUACGACCCCCCACCGCCUUGUAGACUGGCGCCUGCCCAGCCCAGGAGCCCAUGCACUUGACAGUCAAACCACUGGGCUGCCGCUGUUCUUGAUUUGCAAACAAAACGACAACUGUGCAAGGGGGUUGGAGGGCACCCCGUGACUCUGCUUAUACAGCGUCAGUGCCACCCCUGCGGGCGAGUAGAGUGCCGGAUGGUGUUCCUCGUGCCACGAUCUCAUCGCACGCCAUCGGGCCACACAAAAUCACUAUGCAGAUCAAGGAACAUUGUAGCUUCGCUUUAAACAGUUGGGUGCUGGGUUGUUUUUGCCAUUCGUAACGGAUGAAAGGCCUUUCAUUAUGUUGUACUAGGAGCAUCGGCUUGUAUUUCUGGAUACGAAGGACCGUGUUGUAAGCAAUUUUUUUUAAACUCUAGUCAUCACUGACAUGUCUGAUAACGUAAAAGGAUCAUACGCUGAUUUGUUUGGCUAGGACUUAUUUAGUACCGAUUUGUUUUGUGGUAAUGGUGAGUUCCAUCACGAGAUUGAUGUACAGCCACAAGAGAGUGGCUUGGGAUGCUAUCAGUGGAUAGAUCAUGGCUGUUAAGUUGUGUGCUUAUACCCCCAUCAUACAAUUACCUUUUCUCCAAUCACAACAUAUAAAUGCAUGCAUUCACUCACACAAACAUAAGCACACAAUUUACUGGAUAUUUACCCAAGUGCCAAAAUAUUGUACUACAUUUUUAAUGCGUGUAAUAAUUUUAAAAUGGAACACAUUCCAAUGAGUGCACUGAAACUAUGAAUUAUAUCUAUUUCUGUAACGUGUAUGACUGUAUAAAUUAAAAAAAAUGUGCUGUAUCUUGA